AUGGUUACCUCUAAAGCGGCCCUUGUUGCGGGCCUCACCCUUGCGGGUCAGGCUUCCGCUGCGCUUCAACCCAUCACCAUGAAGGGCACCAAGUUCUUCUACGAAAACGGCACCCAGUUCUACAUCAAGGGUAUCGCCUACCAACAAGAUGCUGCCGGCGCUGGUGGCGAGACAACCACUGGUACCUUCAAGGAUCCCCUCGCCGACGCGGCCGCCUGCAAGCGUGAUGUUCCCAUCAUGGCGGCCGCUGGCACCAACGCCAUUCGUACCUACGCCAUCGACCCUACUGCCGACCACAGCGCCUGCAUGGCGCUCCUCGACGCGGCCGGCAUCUACGUUAUCAGUGAUUUGUCCGAGCCCUCCACGUCCAUCAACCGCGACGACCCCAGGUGGGAUGUCACUCUCUACAAGCGCUACACUGCUGUCAUCGACGAGAUGAGCAAGUACAGCAACGUCAUCGGUUUCUUUGCCGGUAACGAGGUCUCCAACAACGCCACCAACACCGACGCUUCCGCUUACGUCAAGGCUGCUGUCCGUGACUCCAAGAACUACAUCAAGGACAACGUCAAGCGCUGGAUGGGUGUUGGCUAUGCCGCCAACGACGACGCCAAGAUUCGUUCCGAGAUGGCCCACUACUUCAACUGCGGUAACCAGAGCGAGGCCAUCGACUUCUGGGGUUACAACAUCUACGAGUGGUGCGGCCAAAACACCAUCCAGGGCUCCGGAUACCAGGACCAGAUCGACUUCUUCAAGAACUACUCUGUCCCCGUCUUCUUCGCCGAGUACGGUUGCAACAUCCCCAACGGUGCCGACGGCCGUAUCUUCGAGGAGACCACCGCUCUUUACUCUGACGCCAUGACCGGCGUCUUCUCUGGCGGUAUCGUCUACAUGUACUUCGAGGAGGACAACGACUAUGGUCUCGUCAAGGUCUCCGGCAACACCGCCACGCCCAUGAAGAACUACCAAAAGCUCAAGACCAACGUCCUUGCCGCCAAGCCCUCCGCCGUCGAACUCGAUGCCUACAAGCCCACCAACGAGCCCGCCGAGUGCCCCGAUGUCACCUCUAACUGGCAGGUCACUGGCGACGCUCUCCCCCCUACUCCCGAUGAGAGCCUCUGCGAGUGCAUGUACAACUCCCUCACCUGCGUUCCCAACUCGAGCGUUAAGCCCACCGCUUACGGUGAGCUCUUCGGCGUCGUCUGCGGCAACGACCCCGCCGCCUGCGCCGGCAUCCAGGGUAACGUCUCUACCGGUGUCUACGGCUCUUACGCCAUGUGCAACUCCCUCCAGCAGCUCGGCUACGUUAUGGACCAGUACUACAAGAACCAGAAGUACGCUUCCACCGCCUGCGACUUCAACGGUCAGGCCUCCGCCAACGGCGCCGCCAAGGCCGAUCCCACCUGCUCCGCCGCUCUCAAGAGCGCUGAGGCUGCUAACGCGGUCGCUGCUACCGCCACUGCUGGCUCCGGCAACGGUGGUACCGGUGGUACCAGUGGUGGUGCUGCUGCCACUAGCUCCUCGUUCGCUUCCCCUCUCGCCAUGAAGAGCUUCUUCACCGUUGCUGAUAUGGCUGUUGGCAUGUACGUUGUCGUUGCCAUGGGCGUUGGUGCCGGCAUGGUCAUGCUCUAG